AUGCCCCUGAGUAAAAGAAACAGAAUUGUAGCAACUUCCAAAGUUAAGAAGGAUGGGAAGAAUCGCAAACGAGUUCUUAUCGACUCUAUUAGAAAUUCGAUACAAAAUGAAGAUGUAUACGUAUAUGUUUUGGAGCUUAGUAAUCAAAGAAAUGCCAAGUUAAAGGAAUUGAGGGGAAUUCUAUUUCCUGGAAGGAUAUUCUAUGGAAAAAACAAAGUAAUGCAAAUCGCCUUGGGAAAUUCACCGGAAACUGAAAUUUGCGAAAACAUACACAAACUAUCCCAAAUGAUUACCGGAGAACGUGCGUUAUUGAUUACUAAAGAGGAACCAAACAUGAUUUGCAAAAAAUUAGCAAGCUUUAAGCCUAUGGAAUUUGCCAAAACUGGAUUCGUCUCAAAUACUACUAUCACUCUCAAAGAAGAUGAUAAACCACUUAAAGACUUUCCAGGAUCUAUGGAACCUCAAUUUAGACAACUUGGCCUACCUACCCGUUUAAAUAUGGGAAAAAUUGAAUUAAUGGGAGAGGCUAAUGUUUGUAAUGAGGGUGAACCAUUGUCAUCUAAUCAGGCAAAUUUGCUAAAAUUGCUCGGUCACAAACUUGUUGAGUUUAGAAUUGCAGCGCUAGCGUUUUACAAUGAUGGCACAUUUAAACAAUUAUAA